AUGGAGUCUGUAGCAAAUAACGAAGUUGGUUUUGGCAUUCAUAAACUGGGCAACAAAUCAGUUCAUGGUAUUAUUAAGUGGCAGUAUUUGGCUUGCAGCAGACAAGGCUCUAAGAAUUUUAUACCUGGUGAUGCAUCCCAAUCAACUGAAGUGUCUAUUAGGAAGCGUAGGUGUCGGUCAUUUAGGUGUGAAUGUCUUGCUAAGCUCAACUUGAGGUAUCUUUCAGAUGGCAUGAGCAAAGAGUAUGAGGUUUAUCAGUUUGUUGAGUAUCAUAAUCACUUAAUGGUUGCGGAUGAGCAUAGACAUUUUAUGACGGCCAAUCGCAGUCUGGAUCCUAUCCAUCGGAGGUUUAUGGAGGAUUGUGGCAGGUAUUGCAUGAUUUUUGCUCCUUUCACUGGAAAAGAUAACCAUUCCAGAGCAGUUACAUUUGGAGCUGGCUUGUUAUCAAGUGAAGGUAGAGACUCAUAUUCUUGGUUGUUUGGCUGUUUUGUUCGAUGUAUGGGGGUAGCACCCAAAUUGAUUAUCACUGAUCAAGAUUGGGGGAUCAAACUUGCUGUUCAACAAGUAAUUUUACAAACAAGGCACCGAUGGUGCAUGUGGCAUAUUAUGGUUAAGGUGCCAGAUAAGUUGCCCAAAUCCUUGCUUGGUAAUGAAGAUUUCAAAAAAGAGUUGAAUGCAUGUGUUUGGUCUGAUUUGUUAGAGCCUGAUGAGUUUGAUAUAAUACGGAAUAAUAUAAUGGAAUGA